CUUCGCUUGGCGGCGUUACGUGCUCUAACAAUUUCAAUGAAAUCCAUAUUAACAAAUUACUAAGUGAAGACAAUAACAGAAAAUACCUUGAUAAGACAAUGGAGACCAGUACCAUGACAACAUCUGGGUUGCUGGAGUGGGAGCUGUCAUUGUCAUCGGAACAGAUCAUAUCCCACGGCUGGUACCACGGGGCCCUGAGCAGAGGCGCUGCGGAAAGUCUGCUGCAGCAGGACAGACAGUUCCUCGUGCGAGACUCUUCGUCGCAGCCCGAUAACUACGUUCUCAGUUGUCGGUCCAAUGGGCAGCACCUGCACUUCGUUAUACAGAGGAUAGUCGUGCAUCCCGAAACAGUUUUCGAAAGAUUCCAAUAUCAAUUCGAGGACGAGGCUUACGAUACUGUCGCAGACCUCAUCACCUCCUACGUGGGUUCGGGAAAACCGAUAUCCGCCGCAUCGGGUGCCCGAAUACAGUACCCGGCGAACCGAGCCGUGCCUCUGUCCAAUUUCAUAUCAGGUGACGAAGUGGGCACUAUGGUGUCCCCAAACGGAGAGAGUCAUUAUGGAAAUGCGUAUAGUUUGUACAGCCACUUCGUAGCGAAACCUGGAGCUCAACUACGAGUGCCUUUUAAAAAGCAACGAUCUCACUCUCUCACCCCCAUAGAUAUGACGCAGCAUGUGACGCAUGGGAAGAGCGCCAGCGCCGACGGAGUGAUCCAAAGCCAAACGAGCAAACACCCCAAGAUCUUCUCCAGUGAAUCGAAUUCGGGCUCCAAUACUUGGGACGCGAAUUUACCGACAAGCCCUCCCGCGAAACCAGCGAGAUAUGACGGACCAAAAGCAGAUGAUAGGCGAUUAGAACUGCACAGACUUUACCACGUCUCUGGCUCCGAUUCAGGAAACGGUUCAGGAGAUUCCACUCAGAGUUCUGCCCACAGUGACCCAAAUAAAUCAAGAAACGACUCCGAUUACAAUUUAAUUAACACACCGACAAUAAAACAACAAUUCGAUUAUGAACUGACGGAAGCGAAGCUGUUGCAACUUGAAAAUCUGGACUACACUGUGGAGUCAAGGAUCAAUUUGGAAAUGUUCCAGUCGCAAAUCAUAGCAGCGUCUCUCACCAAGCCGUUGGAAUCAGAGACGUUGCAUACUAUCAAAUUAUUGUUGCGCACCUCAGGACCCCGUAUCUUGGCGAACCAUCUUACAAAAAUAGACCUCCAUUUUCUGUUCGACGAUUCCAUACAAAUCGAGAGGCUGGACAAAACAGCUUCGGGUAUUGAAUUGUGUUUUCUACCCCAAGGACGCUCGUUACGUUUGGAUGUCAUUGAGAGGGUGGAAACAUUUCGUCUUCUGGUAGCUGUGACUGUCCUCACAUGUCAAACGGACAGACAGAGAGCCGAUACUAUAAACGAUUGGAUACUCCUAGCCAUCGAAACCAAAACAGCUCUGGGAAACCUCUAUGGAUUUUCUGCAAUCAUGUUUGGAUUGUGCAUGCCUCAGGUGGAGUGUUUGGAGAAUGCUUGGAAUAUCUUAAGGCGCGUGUACACAGACAACGCGUUCAUGUUUGAAGCCAAACUACGGCCUUGCUUCAAGAGCAUGAAUGAGGGGACCAAUCCUUUGCCUCCCAACACCACCACUCCAUAUGUCAUACCACCAGUGCUCUGCUUCCAUUUAUUUGAUGGCGAAGGUGGAGGCCUAUUACAGCCAGACGAGACGUUUCCAAGCAGUCUGAUGAGCAGCUUAGAGUUCGACUUCAACGCCACAGCCGCUCACCUCGAGGCGGCGAGACACUUUCCUCAACAAAUAGAAAUGUUCAAAAGAAACGCGCGCACGGUCGUCCAGGAGAUGUCAUCGCUUGGACCAAUGCUGGAUCCAAUAUUAUUGGAGUUGUUCCAAACAGAGUUUCAUAUAAAUUUCCUGUGGGGUGAAAGAGGUGCUCUUACAGGUCCUAAUCAAAGGUUUGCAAGGUUAACUGAUAUACUGACCGCUAUGGCGACGAAAUUGGCGAAUCAGCCGCCAGAUUGUGACGAUGCUUUGUGAAUCGCGAUUGCUUAGGACAUUUAGGUAUUUGUUAUCACGGAACAGAAACGAUACGCGUUUGGUAUUAAAGAAUUAUGUGUGAGUGUGUAUAUUUUUGUUGUAUCGUGGUCAAACCAGAAAUGAGGAGGAUCGGUAGGAGAAUCAGAGUAAUUGACAUAGUUCAACGGGUUGCAAAGCUGAACUGGUAAUGGGCAGGGCACAUAGUCCGAAAAACCGAGACGUUUGGUUCCUAAGGUGCUAGAAUGGCGACCUUGUACCGGAAAGUGCAGCGUCAUAAAGUUGACCCCAUAUGCGGACAGACGACAUCAAACGAGUCGCUGGAUAGCGGCGGUGCAAGACCGCGGGGAAAUCUCUACAAAAGACCUAUGCCCAGCGGUGGAUGUCUAUCGGUUGAUAAGAUUGAUAGUUAGGGUUUUAGGUUUCCAUUUUUGCUGAAAAAUUACUGGCCUGUUUUUAAUUCUACGGAAACUACCUACCAAAUUAGUAAUCACUAUGUCUAGAAUAUGGAAAUCAAAUCGGAAAAUAAACGGAUGAAGCGCAAGUGCGAAGUUUUUGAUAUUUAUGGGUAAUAGAAAAAAAUGUUUUAACUUUUAUUUUAACAUAGUUAAUAAUUUACUUUAAUUGAAAAGGGGAGAGCAAGUAAGUUUAACCGCGAUGAUCCUUAGCUAUGUUUGAUGAAGAUCUGGUCAGCCAUUUGAGAAUUGCCAGCUCUAUCGUCAGCCGCUGUGGC